CCCUAAAACCCCAUCGGGAGCCCCAAAAACCCCGCCGGGAGCCCCAAAAACCUCCCCGGGAGCCCGAAAAACCUCCCCGGGAGCCGCUCGGGGCCUCUCCGGGAGCCCCUCAGGAGCCACCGGGACCCUCCGAGGCCUCCCCGGGACCCCUCAGAACCCUCCGGGACCCCCUCAGGAGCCUCCGAAUCCCCCCGGGGCCCCGUUAAAGCCCCCCGGAACCACCCCGGGAGCCCCUCCGGAGCCACCGGGACCCUCCCGAACCUCCCCGGGACGCUCCGGGAGCCCCUCAGGAGCCGCCCGGGCCCCGCAGCCGCCGCCAUGUCGGACUCCGGCCAAAGCCCCGCCCCCGGCGCGCGGCGCCGCUGCUGGAACCGAGAGAAGGAAACGGAGGGAGGCGGAGAGAGGAGGGAGCAGGGGGAGGAGCCAGCGGGGCCCCUGCAGAAGACGCCAAUCAUCCUGGCCAAGCCCCCGGCCGAGCGGCAGCCGCCUCCGGCCGCCCCCAAGGCGGGGCCGGCGCAAGCCCCGCCCCCUCCCGCGCCGGCCCCGCCCAUCGUGCUGAUGAAGGCGCGGGGGGAGGAGGGGCGCGGAGGGGGCGUGGCCUCGGCGGCGGCGGGGGAGGGGCCGGCGCAGGCCCCGCCCACCGAGAGGGAGGGGCCACGCCCCACCCAGCCCGUCUAUCAACUGCACAGCCGGGGCUUGGCCCCGCCCGCCGCGCUGGACCCGGCGCAGGCGCAGGCGCGGCUGGCGGCGCCCGAGAAGAUGAAAACCAGCAUCAAACUGGUGGACGAGCAGAUGAACUGGUGCGACAGCGCCCUCGAGUUCCUGCUGGAGCAGACGGACGUGCUGGUGGUGGGGGCGCUGGGGCUGCAGGGCACCGGGAAAUCCACGGUGAUGUCGCUGCUGGCCGGGAACCAGCCCGAGGAGGACCCGCGCUCGUUCGUGUUCCGGCCGCAGCCCCCGGAGCUGCGCGAGCGCGGGGGGGCCCAGACCGGCGGCAUCGACCUGUUCGUCACGCAGGAGCGCGUGCUCUUCCUGGACACCCAGCCCAUCCUGAGCCCCGCCCACCUGGAUCACCUGAUCAACAACGACCGGAAGCUUCCGCCCGAGUUCGCGCUGCCCCACGCCUACGUGGAGACCCAGUCGCUGCAGAUCGCGGCGUUCCUGUUCACCGUGUGCCACGUGGUGCUGCUGGUGCAGGACUGGUUCACCGACCUGGCGCUCUACAGGUUCCUGCAGACGGCCGAGAUGGUGAAGCCGCCGACGCCGUCGCCGAGCCACGACUCGAGCGGGGCCGGGCCCGAGGAGCCCUCGGAGUACUACCCACACCUGGUGUUCGUGCAGACCCGCGCCCCCCCCGAGAGUUUCUCCCCGCGCCGCCUGGGGCAGAUGCAGCGCGUGCUGGGCCGGCUGAUGGCGCACUCGCGCCUCAAGUACCGGGGCUCGCUGUCGAUGCGGGAGCUGCUCCCCUCCCCCCCCCGGGGGCUCGCUGUCGAUGCGGGAGCUGCUCCCCUCCCCCCUGGGGCUCGCUGUCGAUGCGGGAGCUGCUCCCCUCCCCCCCCGGCGCCCCCCCCGCCCCCCCCCGAGCCCGAGGUCAAUCUGUUCCUGCUGCCGCCCCUGGAGGAGGAGCCCGAGGACGCCCUGCCCCGAGGUGGGGGAGGGGCGCUGUUCCCCGCCCUGCCCCCCUUCCGCGGCCGGGGGGGGCUGGGGGGGCUCCUGGCCCGGCUGCGGGGGAGGGUCCUGGCGGCCGCGCGCUCCCAGUUAUCCCACAGCCUGCUGACCGAGCGGAACUGGUUCCAUUACGCCGCCCGCAUCUGGGACGGGGUGAAGAAAUCCUCGGCCCUGGCCGAGUACGGCCGCUUACUGGGCUGAACUGGGAGCACUGGGAGCCGCCCCCCCCGCGCCAAUAAACCGCCAAAACCGC